GAACCAGAAAUUAACAGCAGCAGCAUGAAUUCUCUGGCCAGAAUUGGUGGUUUCGCUUGCCAAGCCGGGAAAUUAGCUGGAUUUGGCUUACAGCAAGUGCGAACAAAGUAUGCCGACUGGAAGAUGAUCCGUGAUGUCAAGCGCCGCAAGUGCGUGCAAGAGCAUGCCAAGGAGCGGCUUCGAGUUAAUUCACUUCGGAAGAAUGACAUACUGCCCAUUGAGCUGAGGGAAGUGGCCGAUGCGGAGAUUGCUGCUUUUCCACGCGACUCAUCAUUGGUCCGUGUUCGGGAACGUUGCGCACUUACGUCACGGCCGCGCGGAGUUGUCCACAAAUAUCGCCUCAGCAGAAUUGUAUGGCGCCAUUUGGCGGACUAUAACAAGCUAUCCGGCGUGCAACGUGCCAUGUGGUAGAGUCUAAAUCAAUACAAUAUUCUUUGUUUAUGUUAACAAUUUACACAAAAACCAAUAAAUACAUACAUAAGAACCGUAAA